AGGAAAGUCUUUUUUGCAGUCUCGAUUUGUGCAUUGUUAAAAGUUAAAUAGUUAACGUUUACAUUAUUACGUUGUUACGUUUCAUUCGGAAAUUUUGUUGGUGUAAUUUUGUUGAAGAAGAAAAGCUUCGCACCAUGUGGUAUCGUAAUCGCUAAUAAAAGAAUUUAGUUUCUUUUUAAUUUUGGUCUAUUAGACAUCAUUAGCUUUCUAUUUGGGAUCAAAUACUAAAACACUCUCAAAAAUAAUGUUUCCUCCGUUUUAGAUGCGAUCGUCUGCGGACAAAAGAUCUACGAAACGUGACGAUUCGUAUUUAGAUAUGCUCGCAUUUAGACACGCCGUUCAGAUAUGCUGUUUAAUUUCACUUUCAGCUUACGUCACUCAACUCUAAUCUUCCUUUGUCUCUCCGCGUUAUCUCUAUGAUCCAUCUUUGUCGCCUGUAAAACCUGACAAAGGACGUCGUCGAAACCGCCGUUCGACGACGCGGUCCGACAAUGCGCGAGAAAGUCCGUCGAUGGAAAUCCACAUUGGCACACUUAGCGCCCGGCUGUCCGGAUUCCGCCGAUCUAUUGUGGGACGACCUGCCGUCACUUGGAUGUCAUAGUCCGGCCGGAUUUGUCGUCGGUCGGCAUCCGAGAAAGAGAGACAUAAUCCAAAAGGGGGAAACUUUUACGGCGCAGUGAAACGCGCUAGAAAUUCGGCUUCCAUUUGACUUUCGAUCGGCGGCGACUUUCGUUUCGUUCCGAUUUCUCUGUUCCGAGUUUCUCUGCCAUGCGCGCCCGCACGUCCCUUAUCUCGAAUGUACGUAUACGUACAAGCACACGUGUACGCGUGUUUUCUGCUUGCAGAGACUCUGCUCUCGUGGGACCUGCCGGAGGUCGAGGCGAGAUCGGCCGCGCCGCAGUCCAAGUGCCUGUGCCAGACUUCCGGUUGUCUGUGCUGCGUCGACCUGAAUCUGACAGCCACGAUCGAUCUGGGCGGCCCGGCAUGCGUCAACAUCAAGCAGAAGGAGCACAAUGUAUCUUUGAACCUGAGCUACGGCGACAAUCCCAUUCACAAUGCCACGAUAAGGAUCGCAAACGCAGCCAACAAGCCGACAUGCAUGAAUCUUCUAUCGGACCUGGCGCAGAUCUGCGCGCGAUUUACGUCGGUGAAGCAAGCUGAUAUCGGUGGCUACGACGGUUGCAUGGUGAUCGAGCCAGCCUUGCUCGGCACGCCGCAAGCCACGUACCCCUUGGGCUGCUUCAACUUCUAUCAGGGUGUCCGACAGGUGGAAAUGUCCGCCGUCACGGAGACGACAGAGCCCGCCGACGUCUCGGACGACGAGGACGACAGCGGCCUGAACACUGACGAGCUGAUCGCCGCGGUGUCCGCCAGCGCCGAGCAGGGUAUCGCGCUGUUCACGCAGUGGCUGGGCCUGAACCUGAACCCGAAGCUGAACCUGACAGGCCAGGAAAACGGUCCUCAACAGGAUCCACAACAACUGCGAACUGAAACCGCCACCAGCAUGUCGUCCUCCUCGAGAUCAGCCCGCAACAUGGCGGAUGUUCACAACGACAAGAGCGACGAGCGGUUCAAGCAGCUGCUGAGCGCGCAGGAUAACGUCCUGAAGGGCUCGGCGACGAUCGGCCAGUCGAACGGCAUGGAGACCACCUUUGUGUACUCGAGGCCGAGUGACCUAAUGAUGACCGAGAGGAACGCGACCGAGGAGGCGAAGCGGAAGCUCGAGGCCGAAGUCGCCGUGCCGCAGCAUCGGGUCGUCGUGCCGAAGGAGUCCCGACGGGGUGGACGGGCGUACAACAUCCAUCAGCACGUGAACGAGAUCUGAUCCGACGUGUCGGACUCGGCCGUGUAGGAGAACUUCGCUGCCGACACGACUCCUUUCUUCUUUAGAGCUAGGGUGCCGCACGUAAACUACACCACUUGUACGUAUGCACGCGAAGCUGGGCGGUGAAGAGAGACCACCAUCGCUUCGUUCGACCGCUGCUGAUUCAGGGCUACGAUUAGUAGGACUCGCGAUCAUGAACAACUUGAACGUUUCCCGUGUAAUGACGGGAAAUUCGUCAGCUCAUCGCGACUCGCGGCAUUGUAAAGCGAGAUGGGAUUGUACUCCGGUAGCGUUAAUUAGUUAAAGUUAGACACCCUUUUAGUUAGACACCCUUGCGAUAAAUAUCGUCUGGUUUGCCUCAGAAAUUGUAACAAAGGCUGAGGGUAGAUUAUUACAGUAAGUGUAAAUUUAAAAGAAAAUAUAAAUUAAAUGUACUAUCGAUUGUUUUUUUUGCGAAGUUCGAGAUUUGCAAUCUUCUUUUCGCUGCGUCGAUUUUCGCUGUUGUCGCAAUUUUGUCCCAUCCCGCGAUUGGUAUCUCGUAGUAUUUAAUAUUUUAUUAUCAACGAAGCUACACUUGUACUUGCCCAGCUCCGUCAGUACGAUCUCUCGUGAUUGUGAUCACGUUUGCUCUCGAUUUCGUACAUCGAGAUUGUCACCCACUCGCGACGACCUUCGUCUUCGAUAAUAACUCGUGAGAUCUUGAGUAGACGUAGUACGUUUGAUCAUACAUUACCCUCGGAAGAUAGCUAGUAGCACUGUAAUUUACGAUUCACUCGAUUCAAAAAGAGGCAAGAGGAGCGAGAAUCAUCCGGCGAUAUCGCGAUGCCAGCGAGCGGACGUCGUCCGACAGUGACAGCACGUAAUUCAUAAGCGCUCUGUUAUCAGUACUGCCUUAUUAUUUAUUUCUUCGUUUCUUUGUUCUCGAGCCCGCGUGUACCAAGUAUGGAAAAUAUUAUACAACGAUACAAGCUUCCGCGCUGCCCGGUGUACAUGCGGAAACACGAGUCGCACUUGCACUCGUCUUGCGUUGCGUACCGUACACGCCGUCCAGAGCGAUACACACGCAUUUCACUGAAAAAGGGAAAGAAAACGAGAAAUCAUUAUGUUACACGUGCGUGCCGACGCACUUGAUUGCAUCGCGAAAAUAAUCGAGACAGUUUUCCGCUAUAUCGCGCGGCGACGUCUAAUUGUCAAUUAAAACACACGAGAAGCGAAAUAAGAAACUAAUGAGAUUCCUCUAUUAGUCCGGAACGGCACGCGAUACCUCGUGUGUGUGAUUCUUCCUCGAUGCGAUACGCCACGGUAAAAUAUAUAAUUUUGCACGUAUACACGCAUUAUUUAUGUAACUCGACAAGCUUGGCGCAAACUUGAAUAAAAUUAUUUAAAAAGGACUGUCGCUCUCUUUUAUUCGACUCCUUUAUCUAAAUUAUUGCGAAAUUAUACUGAACGUAGUUAGCAAGCUAAUAUCCGUCUCUUUUAAGAAAUUUUUUACUUUAAUAUAUUUCAGGGCUUUCUUGUGCAAAAGGAUUCUUAGACUCGGCUGAUUUUCACUUACUAAAACUACUAUAUUAAUAGAUUAAUUUCCCAAAAACUCAAUAAAUCGUAUAUCUAAAAAAUCUAUUUCUAUAAAAACUUACAUUUUCUCAAAUUUAUAUAAUUUUCGGAGAUGUAAUAUUCGAGAAUCACAAGUCUCGACAUCUGGCAUAAAUUAGAGUGAGGACGACUGCGCGAUCGCAAUGAUCAAUUACAAACAGGAUUAAUGACAUUAAGAGGUCUGGAAGACAAAUAAGAGCUGCGUGUCAGCCACCUCGAUCGGAAGUGCGCGAGUUAAAAGUCCCUCGCGCGUCUAAGAGCGGAUCUAGCAGGAUCAUGGGCUUUUUCCCACGGUCCUAGAUCACGAACGAGCACGAUGUACGGUAUGUAAUUUUGUAUGUACGCUACAUCGUCGUCCCUGAAAUGAAACGGUUGUACAAACUACCGCAAGCGGAAUGUCGAGUGUUUCAGACAAAGUGCCGGUUACUUGGCGAAAACGCAUCGAACUGGACCUUCGUGCUCUCAUCCGCUCAUCAAUCCGUUAAUCUAUUGGAAUUUGCGCGCGUUAAUAAAUUAAUAUUCGCGCUUCUGUUCUGCAAAGAGCGCACGUUACAUUCGCAAUGUGUAAUAUAAUAACAUCGUCGUAUUAGCGGCGAUCCUAAGUCCUAAUCGUUAUCACUAAGCGAUUAUACAAAUCGUUACACCAUAGAAAGUUGAUAUAAGAAAUCUAUAUAUAAUUAUGUGCGUGUAUCACUCCGCGUAUAUAUAUAAUUUCUUUUAUGGGUUUCUGUUCGUUUCGUCGCAACUAUAUGGAAAAAGCUUUCGAGAGGAAAUAUUACAGAUCGACUAGAUGCUAAUAAUGUUGCUUC